AUGUCCUCGGCGCAGCUGGAGCAGCAGUUCCAGGCGCGCAUCGCACAGGCCAAGGAGGCGGCGCGUCUGGCCUCCAUCGCAGCUGCUGCGCGCGCUCAAGGCGCGACGAACGGUGCGCCAUUCGCCUCGGGGCCGGCCGUACCAGGUGUGCCGUUCCGUCCGCCACCGAUCCAGGCCAAUGCUCCAGUGCCCGGCAGCAGGUUCGCGGCCGCUCCAGAGCCCGUGGCAAUGGGCAACCUCCCGCCCGAGGUGCGGAACCGCAUUGACCGCCUCGUGGAGUUCGUGGCCCGCAACGGAGACGCGUUCGAAGCCACCGCUAGGCAGCGGGAGCGCGACAACCCGGACUUCGCCUUCCUGAAGCCCGGCGGCCCGUUCUCGGACUACUACCAAUGGAAGAAGCAGCAGGUGUGCGGCUCUCAGCCUGCCCAAGCUGGAGCUGCAGGGGGGGUUGCCCCCUCGCGUCCCCCGAGAGCCCUGUUGACCUCCCCCAGUGCGGCCCCACCUCUGCCCAUUGACCCGCUGGGGGCCAUGUCGGUUGGCGCAAUGGCCAACGUCUGCAAGUUCGCUCGAGUGAGUGGGGUGCCCGCGUACGCCCCGAUCCCGCCGGAGGUUAUCGCAAACGUCGGCAGCUUGCCCCCAGUGGAGCCGGCGCGGCUCGAGAUUCGACUGUCCGAGUUCUAUCGCGACGAAGAGAGGAGCAGGUGUGAAGCCAUUUGA